AUGUUCCCAGAAGUAUUAAACCGAGUGGAGCUGCCCAAAAUAGAAAACAUCCUGGAAAGGGAGUACAGAGACGAUUUGGCGCCGGUUGAGGCGGCCCGCAUUGCUGCCCAGGCACACCGCAUGGUACGGCAGAACGCGCAGGCCAUGAUUCGCCCGGGUGUGACUCUUUUGGAAAUCGCCGAGUUUAUAGAGAACGGCACAAGAACCGUCCUGGGAAAGGGGUACAACAAGGGAAUAGGCUUUCCAACGGGCCUUUCGCUGAACAACUGUGCCGCGCACGACAGCCCAAACCCAAAGUCCAAGCCGGUGGUUCUCACAGAAAACGACGUGCUGAAGGUGGACUUUGGAACGCACGUCAACGGAUACAUCAUAGACUCUGCCUUCACAGUGUGCUUCAACCCGGAGUACAACAACCUCCUGCUGGCAGCAAGAGAGUCUGUGUACGAGUGCCUGAAGCUUGCAGGCCCAGACGCCCUCAUCAAAGAAAUAGGAGAGCGCGCCGAGGAGGUGAUUAGAAGCUACGAGCUCACAAUCGACGGAAAGCCUGUUGCAAUCAGGCCGGUGUCCAACCUGAACGGGCACUCGAUCCAGCAGUACAAAAUCCACGGAGGAAAAUACAUCCCCAUCGUCAAGCAGGCAAAAAACAGCUCGAGAAUGGAGGUGGGCGAGUUCUUUGCGAUUGAGACGUUUGCCACAACAGGCUCUGGAUACGUGACAGAAAAGGGAGACUGCUCGCACUACAUGAUCGACAACCCAAGGGCGCCCUCCAAGCUGGAGGGAGGAACCGCCCUGAUGAAGUACAUCAAGGAAACCUUCAGCACGCUCCCCUUCUGCAAAAGAUACAUCGACCCAGAGGUUAUUAAGGCACCAAACCCGUACAUUUCCUACCUGACAAAAAUCGGCGCAAUUGAGGAUUAUCCUCCCUUGUACGACCAGGCAGGCUCUCUUGUCGCGCAAUUUGAGCACACCCUGCAC